AUGUCGACUCGCACCACCCCGAGCCUGUCUAUUACCACGGGCACGUCUAGAGGUCCCCAAUCACCGUCGGGAACCGCUGCACAGCCCCAUUACGAUAAUCGUCUGUCUUCGACGUCGCCUUAUUCUCCGUCCCCGUUGUCUGGCACGGCGGGUCAAACUACUCAGCCUCAUCGUGCUCAACGUCGUGCCAUUACCUCACCGUACCCUCUGAAAACCCCGACCGCUUCUCCCUCUCCAUCAUCCCCAAAUCCAUUUCGGUUCUUUGGUCGGAACCAAACAACUGGUUCUGGAUCUAGAAGCCCGAGUUAUGGCAUUCAAAAUGCGGGAAUGGUGGCAGGUGCAAUUGGGAAUGGAAAGCGAUUAGGAGAGACAGGAAGGAGAUAUAGCGGAGAUAGAAGUAACGUACACACCGAAUGUGGAAGACAUAGCGACGAGUGGUUGUUUGGACCCAUGAAAAGUGCCGCGAGGAAGAUGUUUGAACAGCGAAGCCCUGGAGGUUCCACGAUUGGUGAGCAUGAGAGACGGGAAAGAGGUCUAUGA